UUGGCAACUUUGUUUUUGACACUUGUCAUAAUUAAAAGAAAACAUUCCAAUAUAUGUUUUCAUUUACAACAAAACUCUUUUAUUUAUUUUUUGUUUACUUUUAUUGUUUUACUUAAUACAUAAGAUUAAAUUUACCAGCAAUCUCAAAAAACAUCAUCACCAUGAAUUAUGGGCGUAAGACUCCUUCGACCUAUCGAUCAAAUCCCUCUGUGUAUUCCCAUACCACGGGAAGAUCUUCUACAAAUCUUCAUACCGUCAAAUCGCGUUCCACACGUUCGGUGCGUAUACCCUGGUACCAAAGACCCAUUCUAAAGAACAAUCAAUAUAUUGAUAUACAAAAAAAUGCCAUGAUGAUUGGUUUAUUUGCCAUAUUUUUGGCUUUAUUUACCAUUGGCACUGCCAUCUUUGAUAUCUAUUGUUUGGCCAUGGCUGCGCCUGGUUCAACACAUUAUGGUUAUUACAUUAUAUCAUAUGAAUUUGUGUAUGUUGGCAACAAACAUGUACGCAACAUGUUGAUGGUAUUUGCUUUAUUUUCAUUAGUAUUGGGUGUUAUAAUAUUAUUUACCAGUAUACUGCUUGUAGUAGCUUUAAGAAAGCAUCAUAAACAUGGAAAACAAAAUCGUUUUGUUUUAAUACCGGAAUAUGAACGUAAAAUUUUACCCUGGCUUUGGACAUUUGCCAUAUUUACUGUAUGGCGCUUUUUGUCUCUACUUUUCUUUGCCAUUGUCAAUGAUUUGUAUUUUGCAUACAAUGCUGUCAUGGUAUUUUUAUGGUCCGUUUUUGUUUUGAUUUGCAUCAUAGGUUGGUGUGUUGUUUAUUCAUUAUUCCUGGAGUUAGUAGAUCUAACAAAAUUGGAAGAUUUGGCUCACUUAAGAAUGGGUACUAUGGCUUCUUUACACGCCUCCACUGCCAAUUCCUUAGCCGGUUCACGUCCCACUACACCGCAUAGUACUGUUUCUACUAUGCCGGUUGGUUGAGUUUAUUGAAAUGCACAAAUAUGGCAUUUUUUAAGAAUCUCUUUGCAAUUACUUUUUUUAUAUAUGUAUUACUAUCGAAACCGUCCCAUAUUUUUUUAAUUUUUAUUUUAUCAAUAUCUUUUUAAUGCCUUAAAGUAGAAAACAUUCCAUCGAUAUAUAAUUUUGUUUAAAAAUGUUACACGUUUAUUUGUAUGUAUGUAUUUAAAAGUGCCUUAAUUGAGAAAAAGACAUCCAUUACUUGUUCUUUACACAGUAGUAGUUGAUUGAUUAUAAAGCUUACAAAUUGUUUUUAAGUACAUUUUUACAUUUAAUAGAUUUAUAUAUAUAUGUAUUUUUUAGUAUGUAAGCUGAAAAUUGUACCGUCCAUUUUUUAUAUACAUUUAAUACAUAAUUAAUAUGUAUGUAUUAUGAAUUUUCUAAUUAAACGAAUACAAAUAAGAAUUUGAAAAUUUUA